AUGGUCGGCCCAAACAACAUGCGCGACAUGGCGCACCCCGACGACUCGCGCGUGACCUAUACUCCCACCACCCAUCGCAUUAGCAAGGCCAAGAAAGGCAAGCGCGUACAUGCCUGCGAGUUCCCGGGAUGCAGCAAAGUUUUUACUAGAGCCGAGCACCGCAGACGGCACGAAUUAAACCACAACCCCGAAGCUUCCUACCGCUGCACACAAUCAGGAUGCAAUAAGUCCUUCCACCGACCCGAUCUACUUGCGCGCCACAUUGAGAGACACGAGCUUGAUUCGCAAACAGAGCAGAAUACAUGGACACACAACCACGAAACCAUUGCCGAAGCCUCGCUCCCUCGCUGCAUGUCAAUUGAUCAUGGAUUGACCAUGACCGCCGCCUCGCAGCUUCACAACAUGUCUGUGGGAUCCCUAGUGGCGCCUGGAAUACACCCUGACUUGGUCAACGAUUGUUCACUCAUGUGGAGCGGUGUCGACCUUCCUCUCCAGCCUCGACCAACAUUUCAGAACCACCUGCCCGAGUCGGCGGACGAUAGCCCAUUCUACUCCUCCCCUGCAGAGACUUGCCCCUCGCCUCUAUCCGAUGCGACAUUCUCUCUCCCACCUCACUCCAGCUCCUCCAUCUCCUCUGCUUCUAUCUCAGUCAUCGAACAGUACCCAAAGAAUAUCCUAAAGAGCGAGAUCACUUCUUCUCCGUUGCAAAUGCACACUCCACUCCGCUGGGACGCCGAUGCCGGCCUACCUCCCACCAACCUGGCCGCUAUCUCUGUGGGGGAGAAUAUGGUCCAGACAUCCGUUCAAUGCCACUACCCCUCUCCAUCCUGGUCCAGCACCGAAUUCUCCUACGGCGACCAGCUCCCAUCCAUGCAACAGUUCCAGCCCGUGAGCUGGACCAUCUAA